AUGGCUGCGCUGCUGCUCGGCUUUGAGGACCUGGUAUGUAGCUGGGACGGUCUAGUGUGGGACCUGACUUGCAGGGCGCUGAAGACGUGCCGAGAGGGACACCUCCGGGUCUUGCAGCUGAUGCUGAAACGAUGGUGCGUCGCCAGGGCUGUCUACCAGAUGACGGAGGGCCGCCGAUGCCAAGUACAUCUCCUUGAUGACCGGAAGCUGGAACUCCUAGUACAGCCCAAGCUUUUGGCCAAGGAGCUUCUAGACCUAGUGGCAUCUCACUUCAACCUGAAAGAAAAGGAGUACUUUGGAAUAGCAUUCACAGAUGAAACGUUCUAUAUAGAAAGCAUUUCAUACCUGAAGGAUAAUGCCACCAUUGAGCUCUUCUUUCUGAACGCUAAGUCCUGUAUCUACAAGGAGCUUAUUGAUGUCGACAGUGAAGUGGUAUUUGAAUUAGCUUCCUAUAUUUUACAGGAGGCAAAGGGAGAUUUUUCUAGCAAUGAAGUGGUGAGGAGUGACUUGAAGAAGCUGCCAGCUCUUCCCACCCAAGCCCUGAAGGAGCACCCUUCCCUGGCCUACUGUGAAGACAGAGUCAUUGAGCACUACAAGAAACUGAAUGGCCAGACAAGAGGUCAAGCAAUUGUGAACUACAUGAGCAUCGUGGAGUCUCUCCCAACCUAUGGGGUUCAUUAUUAUGCAGUGAAGGACAAGCAGGGAAUACCUUGGUGGCUGGGAUUGAGCUACAAAGGAAUCUUCCAGUAUGACUACCAUGAUAAAGUGAAGCCAAGGAAGAUAUUCCAAUGGAGACAGUUGGAAAACCUGUAUUUCAGAGAAAAGAAGUUUUCAGUGGAAGUUCAUGACCCACGCAGGGCUUCAGUGACAAGGAGAACGUUUGGACACAGUGGCAUUGCAGUGCAUACGUGGUAUGCGUGCCCAGCAUUAAUCAAAUCUAUUUGGGCUAUGGCCAUUAGCCAACACCAGUUCUAUCUGGACAGAAAGCAGAGUAAGUCUAAGAUCCAUGCUGCAAGAAGUCUGAGUGAGAUUGCUAUUGACCUGACCGAGACUGGCACGCUGAAGACCUCAAAGCUGGCCAACAUGGGGAGCAAAGGGAAGAUUAUCAGCGGCAGCAGUGGGAGUCUCCUGUCAUCAGGCUCCCAGGAAUCAGAUAGCUCUCAGUCGGCCAAGAAAGACAUGCUGGCUGCCUUGAAAUCCAGGCAGGAAGCUCUGGAGGAAACGCUACGCCAGCGGCUGGAGGAGCUGAAGAAACUCUGUCUCCGAGAAGCUGAGCUCACAGGCAAACUGCCAGUUGAAUAUCCCCUGGAUCCAGGGGAGGAACCACCCAUUGUUCGGAGAAGAAUAGGGACUGCCUUCAAACUGGAUGAACAGAAAAUCCUGCCCAAAGGAGAGGAAGCCGAACUGGAACGUCUGGAACGAGAGUUUGCCAUUCAAUCCCAGAUUACAGAGGCUGCCCGCCGCCUAGCCAGUGACCCCAACGUCAGCAAAAAACUGAAGAAACAAAGGAAAACCUCUUACCUGAAUGCACUGAAGAAGCUGCAGGAGAUUGAAAAUGCAAUCAACGAGAACCGCAUCAAAUCUGGGAAGAAACCCACCCAGAGGGCCUCUCUGAUCAUAGACGAUGGAAAUAUUGCCAGUGAAGACAGCUCCCUCUCAGAUGCCCUAGUUCUCGAGGAUGAAGACUCUCAGGUUACCAGCACAAUAUCCCCCUUACAGUCUCCUCACAAGGGACUCCCACCUCGGCCACCAUCACACAACAGACCCCCUCCUCCCCAGUCCCUGGAGGGACUCAGGCAGAUGCACUAUCACCGGAAUGACUAUGACAAGUCACCCAUAAAGCCCAAAAUGUGGAGUGAAUCCUCUUUGGAUGAGCCUUAUGAGAAGGUCAAGAAACGUUCCUCCCACAGUCAUUCCAGUAGCCACAAGCGUUUCCCCAGCACAGGAAGCUGUGCCGAAGCAGGAGGGGGAAGCAGCUCCUUACAGAACAGCCCCAUCCGAGGCCUCCCUCACUGGAACUCCCAGUCCAGCAUGCCGUCUACACCAGACCUGCGGGUCCGGAGUCCCCACUAUGUCCAUUCCACUAGGUCGGUGGACAUCAGCCCCACACGACUGCACAGCCUCGCACUGCACUUUAGGCACCGGAGCUCCAGCUUAGAGUCCCAGGGCAAGCUCCUGGGCUCGGAGAACGACACCGGGAGCCCUGACUUCUACACCCCAAGGACUCGUAGCAGCAAUGGCUCAGACCCCAUGGACGACUGUUCCUCUUGCACCAGCCACUCCAGCUCGGAGCACUACUACCCUGCCCAGAUGAACCCAAAUUACUCCACUCUGGCCGAGGACUCCCCGUCCAAGGCGCGCGAGCGGCAGCGGCAGCGGCACAAGUCGGCAGGCAACCUGGUGUCAUCAAACUCAGGGAGCAUGCCCAACUUGGCGGCGCGCAACGGCUCUGGCCCUCACGGCGUCUACCUGCACAGCCAGAGCCAGCCGAGCUCACAGUACCGUAUCAAGGAGUACCCGCUAUACAUCGAGGGCAGCGCCACGCCCGUGGUGGUUCGCAGCCUGGAGAACGACCAGGAGGGCCACUACAGCGUGAAAGCGCAGUUCAAAACCUCUAACUCCUACACGGCGGGCGGCAUGUUCAAGGAGAGCUGGCAUGGCGACGAGGGCGACACAGUGCGGCUCACGCCGUCACGCUCGCAGAUCAUCCGGACUCCAUCACUGGGCCGCGAGGGCGCCCAUGACAAGGGGAGGGCCGCUGUCUCAGACGAGCUGCGGCAGUGGUACCAGCGCUCCACGGCUUCGCACAAGGAGCACAGCCGCCUUUCUCACACCAGCUCCACCUCCUCUGACAGCGGCUCCCAGUACAGCACUUCCUCCCAGAGCACCUUUGUGGCGCACAGCAGGGUCACCAGGAUGCCCCAGAUGUGCAAGGCCACAUCAGCUGCCUUACCUCAAAGCCAGAGAAGCUCAACACCGUCGAGUGAAAUUGGAGCAACACCCCCAGGCAGUCCCCACCACAUCCUAACCUGGCAGACUGGAGAAACAACAGAAAACUCACCCAUUAUGGAUGGGUCUGAGUCUCCAACUCACCAAAGUACUGAUGAAUAG